AUGGAUAAGCCAGUCUGGAGAUAUAGUGGACGCAACUAUUGGGGUCCAAAAAAAUCACCUUCACCACCAACAACUUCUUCUAACCAUGAUUCUGAUGAAGAAUUGAACGAGAUGAGAGCAAUUGAUAACGACGAGGUACCUGAUGAAUUUUUUGAAGAUGACAACGACAAUUCGGAAGAUGAUGAUUUAAUAGUGAAAGAACCUGAUGAAAAUGAAACUGAUACUUCUUCGAAUAGCAACACUAGCAGCGAAGAAGAGGAAGAAUAUUUAGCAUCACCACAAAAAGAAAGACAACCAGAAGAAUCAUAA